CAUGCUUUUUGCCAACGGUAGAAUCACUGCCAGCCUCUCUGCCAUGGAUGCCGCAAACUUUGCCGUGAGCAAAUUCGAUGAAAGGGAACUCCCUGAAGGUUUCAGAAUCGAAGCCAGCAAGACUCAACAAGAUGCCUGUAAAAUGUUCAUCGGCGGACUCUCCCGUGAUAUGAGUAAGCGAGCGCUGAUCGAAUACUUAUCUCAGUUUGGCGAGAUCAUAGAUUUUAUGAUUAAAACUGAUCCAGACACUGGACUAUCCAGGGGUUUUGGUUUUGUGCUUUUCCAAGAUAGUGCCACUGUUGAAAAGGUGCUCCAAGUGAAAGAGCACCUAUUAGAUGGCAAGAAAAUAGAGCUUAAGAGAGCUAAAGCCAUGGAACCUCAAUCCCCCCCAAAAAAGGUUUUCGUGGGUGGGUUGAACCCUCGCAUACCUGAAGAAAAAAUUAGAGAAUAUUUCGGCACAUUUGGAGAGAUCGUGAAUAUUGAGCUUCCAAUGUGCCCAAGGAAAAACCGAAGACGAGCUUUUGGCUUUAUCACAUAUACUGAUGAAAUCCCAGUGAGGAAGCUGUUAGAAACCAGAUUCCAUCUCAUUGGCUCCAGUCGGUGUGAAGUUAAGAUGGCACUUCCCAGAGAGCGUCCCCGGCCCCAGCGAAAGGUGGGAAGAAAUACUCCCAGCUCUGGGUUAGGCAACCAUUGGAGAAGACGUGGUGGCUUCCAAGCCAACCCCAAUGCUCACAGAGCAAACCUAGGUGCUCGCAGGGCAAACCAAAAUGUUUUCCGAGCAAACCAGAAUACAAACUACAAUGUUUUUGGAGCAAACCAGAAUGUUUUUGGAGUAAAUCAAAAUGGUUUUGGGGUGACCCAAAAUGUUUUUGGAGUAAACCGAAAUAUUUGGGGCAUGCCUGGCAGUGGAAGAAGCUUUCCUUCGGUGCUUAUUCCUGUUCCUUUCACUGUCUACACAGAAGGAUUUAAUUUCCCUUAUGGUAAUUUCCAUAAUGUGUACAAUAAUCAACCUAUUUUUCAUGGUUACAGUGGAGACUGUUUUUUUGGCUACAACUAUGGAACUUAUGGAUUAGGACAUGCAUUCACUAAUUAUAAUAUGCAAAUAAACCAAGCUACUUCUUUUGGUAAUGGUUACCAGUAUUGGUCAUUCUGAAGCCUAAGGAUGAAGCUGCCAUCAAAGAACCACUCAGUCUUGGAAUAAAACAUUGCAUUACUCAUUUGAAAUGACUGAAUAACUGUUUAGUCAGACUUGUCAUUAUUUCUUCUUCAACUGAUUUCCAUCUGUUUUUCAAGUACCAACUUUUUCCCCAUGACCUUUUGGCAUUGGAACUACCAUGCAAGAACACAAGGACUUGAGACUCUCAUUUAGAAAAUUAGUGGUUUUUAUAAAAUAAAUGUUUACUAGAUUAA